ACCAUUCUUUCAUUUACUUAUAAUUACACCUUCAAUUGCAAGCUUAAAGAAAAUGAAAUAUUGUCAAUAUUGUUAUGAGCAGGUUUCUAGUAGCGCUAAAUACUGUUCAGCAUGCGGAGCUGCCUUCGGUACAGUAGCUACAGCAGCUGGGUCCUCAACCGAAGUAGUCGCAUACAAUAUUAAAAAAUCAGUCUAUCCAUUGACUAAAUAUGUCGAUAAUAAUGGUGGUAAAGCUGAAGUGAGUGCGCAAAUAGGAAAUCGUAAAAUAUCCGCCUCAUAUACUCGCCGAGAAGGUCCAAAAUUUUCAUGUACUUCAUAUACUCCUAAAACUUCCUCCGGUACAGUAGCUAAGUCCUCUUCAUCAAUCUCAAUCGGAAAACUCGCAAAUACCAUUAAGAAAUCAGCUGAGGCAACAAUCGAACAAGCUAAACUUGGUGGUGGUAGUGUUAAAGUAAUUACGCAAGUAGAUGAUGUUGAAGUAACCACUUCAUAUACUCCAGAAACGAAAAGAACGGUUACUAGAUACCGUAUAUAUUAA